CUUGUCUGAGGCAUUUGCCUUAAAAUCUGCAUUUUAUUGAACUGUGAACUUUGUAGAAGGUACCCACACAGAGACCCCGAGACACUGAGAUCAGAUGAAGAACAUUUUGCCCUUUCCCAGAGUCACUUUCGCUUACUGAUUUUUAUGAAGGGAAAUGUCACGAGCUUUUAUGGAGAUCAUUUGUUUGCUCGGUUUUGCGGUUUGCAUUAUUUACAUUUUAUUGUCCUUACAUUCAUGUAGCAGGAGGGUUAAGGGGCAUUUGACAUUUGUACUAACUUCUCCAAUGUGUAACUUGGAGUACCAACUUGGACUUUGAUAUAUUUUGCAAUGUUACAAUGUCCAAAAGUCAUCCUGAAGUUAAUGAUCAGGUCAGUUUGGCAGACAAAUUUCUGAAGAGCUUAAAUCCAACCCUGUCAUAUAAGGGGGCAGAGAACUCAGAAGACGACAUUGCAGCUCAAGUGCAUGCACCCUAUGCAGCUUUUUAUGCAGUCAUAAGCAGAGUGAGUAUGAAGUUUGAGUCCAUCCUGGAGGAAAUUGAUGGGUUUGGGCGUUUCCAAAUCGCCAUCCUCAUCCUGCUGUGCACCUCGCGGAUGGUUCUCCCCUGUCACUUCUUGCUAAAUAACUUCAUUGCUGCUGUGCCCCCUCACCACUGUGACAUUAGCACGCUGGAGAAGUCUUCAGAAGAACUCUUCAGAAAUUUAACUCAGGAGCAGAAACUGACUGUCAGCCUUCCUGUACGAGAAGAUGGGGAGCCGAAAUCCUGUGAGAUGUUCGCAGAGCCUCAGUUUCAGCUUUUAUCCAACAGCUCCAGCCGCACUGACCUGCCCACAGUUUGGUGUCAGAGUGGAUGGGUUUAUGACAAUUCCACCUUCAUUUCCACGCUGGCCACAGAGUGGAACCUUGUCUGUGAUAAAAAGAGCCUGACAAAAACCACAAACACAAUAUUCUUCGUUGGAGUUAUGGUCGGGGCCCUAGCUUUUGGAUUCUUCUGUGAUAAGUAUGGGAGAAAAACCAUGCUUCUGGUCUCUUACAUUUUGUCGAUCGUGUUCGGCUUCUCCAGCACGUUUGCAAACUCCUACAUACCGUUUGCAGUGCUGAGGUUUUUCACUGGAUUUUCACUGACUGGAAUCAGCAUCAUCUCAAUAGUUCUCACCAUUGAGUGGGCUGACAUAAGUCACAGGUCAACUAUUGGGGUGAUUGGCAGCCUGGCCUGGUCUGUAGGUUACAUGCUGCUGGCUGGGAUUGCCUUUCUUCUCACUGACUGGCGGACGUUGACCAUGACAGUUACAGCCCCGUUAGGAUUCGCAGUUCUAACCUGGUGGUGGAUUCCUGAAUCUGCUCGAUGGCUUUUAGCAAAUGGUAAGGUGGAAAGGGCCCAGUUUUAUCUCGACAAAUGUGCAAACAUCAACAGAAGACAAAAACUUUCCAGAGAAAAACUAGAGGUAUGGAGUCGCCUCAACAUACUAUGGAAUCAGCUUGAACAUCACUGGGUUUGGUGUGAAUAUGUACCUCACACACUUUAUCUAUGGAGCCAUCGAAGUUCCUGCCAAGCUCACUAUUUAUUGUUUUCUCAACAUCAUUGGACGAAGGAAAUGCCAAUCAGGCACGCUGCUACUGACAGGGAUCUGCAUCGGGAUAAACAUCUUUAUUCCCAGAGGUCACUGAGAGCUUUUUGUUACCUGCACUCAUUUUUUUGUGUAGUUAAAAGAAUUCCAUCACAUUUUAUUAGCAGAGGUAUCUUUGUGAAACCAAUAACUUCUCAGUUCAGGUGUAUUCAUUCACCCAAACAAGGUCACUGUAAAAGAGAGCACAAUAAAAUCAUACCGUGAGAUUUUAAUGUGCUCUCUUUUACAGGAAGAGGAAGAAUGCAGAUUUUCUUGUGUAUGCAGUUUUUACAGCCAGUCGUUUGUGGAUUACUGAUUUGAAGGCUUGAGCUGGGAAUUUUGGCUGUUGGCAUUUUGUGAAGAUAUACAUCCAUCUAUUUGUCCAUCCAGCCAGCCAUCCAUUCUGUUUUUUGAAAACACAUCCAGUUUAGGGUCAUCGCAGGGCUGGAGCGUAUCCCUGGUGUCAUAUUUGGGAGAAGCGGGGUAGACCUUGGACAGGUCACCAGUCUAUCGCAGGGCUAACACACAAAGAAUGAUAACCUUUGACUUACACUCACAUCUAUGGCCAAUUUAGAGUCACUAAUUAAUCUGAAAUGCUUGUCUUUAAGCUCUGGGAUUUCCCCUGAGUGCACAGAGAGAAUCCUCACAGCUGGAGGGAGAACAUGUAAACUCCACACAUAUAGGACCCAACUAACCAAGCUUGCUAGGUUCUGCUAGCCUGUUUUUUUCCCAACAUACAUUGUUAAUUUACUAUGAUAUUAAUGUGUAUGCUAGUUUUGGCAUCCAAAUUGUAUUUAAUGGUACCUGUCAAUCACAAUGUAGCCAUUACCUGAAGUAUUACUAUCUUUUUUACUGUAAAUUAGACUUUUUUUUAAAGAUUUUUGUGACUGAGACUGUUAAGUCAUCACUUAAGUUUUUAGUCAAGUAAUAACUUACCAGCAAAUUAAAUACAUAUUUAAUAGAAGAAAUCACUACUUGACUUCUUUUUCACAACCAUGGGAGUAGCCCUCUGCUUAGAAAGAGGUUUUUAGGGCACUUUUUUGUUAAGACUUUAAAGCCAUUCUCCACUGUUAUUUACAGAUGUUAUAUCCUUAGAUUACCAGACCACUGCUGUAAAAUAAAUACUGCAGCUAAUACUGCAGUGGUCAGGCUGUUAGGUUAAUCAGCUUUCCCUUUUGUUUCACAGUAACUAAAUGUAAAUCAUUAUUAUUAUUAUUAUUAUCUUU